AUGGAGAUCAAAAAAAGACUAAACGCGUUUCAUAACCUCUACUUGCUUGCCAAGAGAGACAACUUUGAUGUAAUAAAGUGGAGGAACCUAUUAGUUGGAAUACAUAAGAAACGCAAUGACAGACAUAGGAUAAAGGAUAUGUGUCUACUCUUUUACUCUCUAGCAAAGGGGAAAUGCAGCCAGAAUUUGUCAUCACUAGAUCUUACCUACAACUUUUGGGUUAGCAAAGUUGAUCCUAUGAGUGAAGAUAAAGAAUCUUUAGGAGCCACUAAACACACCCAUAAGACAACUAAAGAGAGUACCGAUCUUGUGAAGCAAUCAACUACAUUUACAAUGGAAGAAUUAACAAACUUAUACCUGGAAAAAGUCUGUGAUUUACUAAAAUACAUGAAUAUGCAACAAUUGGCAAUGGUUUCACGUUCUCUUUUACUCUUGGGCAAAUUUGAUGAUUCUGUCUAUAAUAUUGUCCUAGAAAAACUUAACUAUGGACAUUUGAGCAUUGAUCCCCGUUCGCUUUCAGAUAUUAUUGGUACUUUGUCAGAAUAUGAACUAACAAGUGGAGAUUGCGUAGAGAAAAUACUCCUGCAAUACAUGCAAGUUUUAUCUCAAAUGGGUAUGAUUGAUACAGUAUCCGUAUUAAAAACACUCUCAAAAUACAAAAUUUUAAAUGAUGAAAUUUUAAAGGUAGUUUUAGAAAAAGUCUCCUACUAUUCGCAUGCUAUGAAUCCUAGCGAUCUAUUGCAGGUGCUGUAUGCAUUAUAUAAGUUGAACCAUUGUGAUAAGAAGACAUUGCUAAUCUUAUACACUAGAACACAAACUUUACUCUUAAGCUUUAAUUGUAAAGAACUCAUUAGUAUCGCAAAAUAUUUCUCACGUUUUAAUCCGGAAUACAUCAAGGACUUUUUGGAUGUGCAACUAAGUCCACUUGUGCAUAGAUUGUUCCAAAGUUACAAAGCUUCGUGCAAAAAUAGAGAUUGGAUUGAUCUCAUCUUGCUAUUCUACGUAUAUUCUGUAAAGUCCGGUUCUUCAAGUUAUCCAAAAUUGCUGCCAGAAAUAUUGAGCGAUAUUUUUACUGGUAAGCAGUGGGACCUUGUAUUUUACACACUUAACAGGUAUACUUUAAAUGGUAAAACUCUGACAUACUAUAAAGACGAUCCUGAUAUUCCUGAAAAUGAGCUUUGGGUAAAAUCCAUAAAAAUGUUCACACGUUGGCUUUGUAAUGGGCAUAGGUUGGAUUCAGAAAAAAUCAUUUCAAUCACAGCUAAUAUUAUGGAUUCAGAAGUUUAUGAUGAAGUAUUAUUUAAAAAAAUACUUGAAAUAGUACUCUCUGACAAAUUUUAUACGAAAGAAACCAUCGUAAAAGUACUUUACAAUAUCCACACUAUACCUGAUAGAAAAUUCGAUGAAGUUUGCACAAAAUUUUUGCACAAAUUUCCGGAUCUUGACUUCACUUCUACAAUUUUAAUGAUUUCAAUAUUAUUUUCAAGGGAUGUUUUUCCUCCAAAAAGUCUUCUUUCCACCUUAAAAUCCACUUUUGACUCUCGUAUUGUUUCCAACCAAAGUGAAGAAUGGGAACUACCUUCUGCUGUUAAAGAUGUGAGGUUCAAGGAAAUUUCGAUAAAUAAACGUAUUCUUAAUAUGAUGAGUCUCAGAAUCCCGCAAUAUCUCUUCUUUGUGAUUUCACUUUACAAUAAAGAAUAUGGCAACACACUCCAUAACGAAGGUGAGGAUCAUGCAGAAAAUAAUCCAAAGUACUUACCUAUGAAUUUUGAAAUGCAGUCUCAACAUAUCUCUAAAUUUUCUGACGAAUUAUCUAGCUUAUAUGCGCUAAUUAACUCCAGACCAUCAAGAUACGUAAGGAAGGACCUGAUAAAAGUGUUGCUUUAUGUAAUUAAAAACUGGAAUCUUGACGUAUACAAAAGGAUGGUAGAUUCCGAUUAUACAAAAGUGACAUUUGAAAUACUGCAGAGUGUAACACCUCCUGCAGAAUUAUUACACAAAUUAAACAGUCAUGACAAGUUAGUAAAGGGGGUUAAUGUGAGAGUUGAUGGUACUUGUCUAUUUGAACCUAUAUACUUGGUUAUGGAUGGAAUAAAAACUGCAUUUGUUAGCGGUGAGUAUGGUAUUAACAAGCUCGAUAGAAUAAAGAUAAAACUCUUGUACGCUCUACUACACCUUGAAGGAUAUAAAGUUGUAAUUUAUAAUCCCACUAAUUAG